AUGGAAGAGCACAAGCGAGCUGUCUCGAGGAUCGCUUCACAAGUAGUCGACUUCCAUCAACGACAAGUGCCCUACCGAAUCUACCAUGGAUCGACAAACACGACACAAGUGCGGGAGUUUGACUCCAAGAAGAUCAUCGACACAAGCGGUCUCAAUCAUGUCAUCGGCGUGGACACUGAAAAGAUGACAUGCUUGGUCGAGCCAAACGUCGGAAUGGAAGGUCUGGUUGAUGGAACCCUGCCGCAUGGAGUGAUACCGCCUGUGAUUAUGGAGUUUCCUGGGAUUACCGUCGGCGGAGGCUUUGCUGGAACGGCGGGUGAGAGCAGCGGCUUCAAAUAUGGUUUCUUCGAUCGCAUCGUCAACUGGUUCGAGAUCGUCUUGCCCGAUGGCGAGGUUGUUCGAGCGUCGCCUACUGAGAGAGAGGAUCUGUUUCAUGGCGCUGCUGGCUCUUUCGGAACCCUGGGUGUUGCCACUCUAUUUGAAUUGCAACUGAUACCUGCGAAGGAAUAUGUUGAGAUGACAUACCAGCCAUGCCGCAGCGUCAAGGAAGCCAUAUCAACCAUGGACGUUGUGACCAAUGAUGGGACAAACGACUUUGUGGACGGCAUUCAAUUCAGCCUGACGAAGGGCGUAAUCGUUACGGGCAAGCUCACGGACCAACCGUCUUCUGGCAGCAAGAUACAACACUUCAGCCGCGCUCAGGAUCCUUGGUUCUACAUCCAUGUUGACAGAGCAACGAGAGGCUUUGAGAAGGUCACAGUCGUAGCUCCUGUCAAGGACUACCUUUUCCGGUACGAUCGCGGUGCAUUCUGGACGGGCAAAUAUGCCUAUCGAUACUUCCUGACGCCGUUCAAUCGGGUCACCCGCUGGGCUUUGGACUACUUCAUGCAUACGAAAGUGAUGUAUCACGCGCUUCACAGGUCUGGCCACUCGUCACGGUACAUUAUCCAGGAUCUCCUCUUGCCACGGAGCGGAGUGGAGGAGUUCGUACAGUUUGUGGACGAUCAGUAUGGGUUUUGGCCUCUUUGGUUGUGUCCUCUCAAGCGUGGUGAGCAUGUCUCACUCCACCCGACCAUAGGAGGCGACCCACCUACAGAUGAGAAGUCUGUCUCAUUCAUCAACAUUGGCGUCUGGGGUCCUGGAUCGUCGAACUAUGUGAAGUUCAUCGAACAAAACCGACAACUGGAGCGCAAGCUGAGAGAACUUGGCGGCAUAAAAUGGCUAUAUGCACAAGCAUUCUACACAGAGGACGAGUUCUGGUCGAUAUAUGACCGGAAGUGGUACGAAGCCCUGCGUGAGAAGUACCAUGCUACUUACCUGCCCAGUGUGUUCGAGAAGGUCAGAGUCGACUUGAGCAAAACGCAUGCGAGCACCGACAAGAGGUCAACAUGGUUACGCACUCAGCUUUGGCGUGUCUGGCCAGUCAGCGCAUUGUACGGAGUUGCCAAGACUUUGCUUGAAAGAGAGUAUGGGCUGGCGAAGGGAAAGAGCGAUUGA